GCAACUGUCGGGUUGAUGGAUGGAGGAAAAAGAAAGAAGUACCGUGGUUGGAGGUGCCGAAUCAGAUCGAUUACAGUAUCGAUGGCGCCACACGUGACGUGUUUCCGGAUUACUCCAGAGCUCCGAAAAUUAGGCAGUUUCCAGGUGGCCCAGCGGAGGAUGACUGGUCGGCGCUGCCUCCGAGCGUUCAUCAGUGGCUUCUUUGUUGCUGUUCCUGUCACAGUUACCGUCCUCGACAAGUUGGCUUACGUGGCUCGAGUAGAAGGCGUGUCGAUGCAGCCUUUCCUGAACCCCGGAGGAGGGUCCGAGUGUGACGUGGUCCUGCUGAACCGUUGGAGUGUGAGGAACUACCAGGUCCAAAGAGGUGACAUCGUCUCCAUUGUGACUUUGGGCUACAAGAAUCGAUAUGUUCAAAUCCCUGACGGUCAUUUCUGGAUUGAGGGCGAUCAUCAUGGACACAGUCUGGACAGCAACAGCUUUGGACCAGUUUCAGUGGGGCUCCUGCACGGUCGAGCCUCUCACAUCAUCUGGCCCCCCAGUCGUUGGCAGCAGAUCAAACCGUUCCUUCCUCUGAACCGAGGACCACUCGACACAGACGAAGAACAAGACUGAAAAAUAGAACUGUAGUUUUUUUUUUUUUUKUUAAAAAUUAUACCUCAUUUAUUUUUAAGUGUAAAUUAUAUUUCUUUUACAUAAAAUUCUACUUUUUGUUGUGUUUUCUCAUUUUGUCAGUGUUUGGUUACAUGUGUUUGAGGUGGAGCAGGAUAUGGACCAAUAGCUUGGAGUCUUGUUUGAGACCAUCACUAUUUUAGCAGAGCAGAUUUAAAAAAAUACAAAUUGAGGUAUAAAAAAAUAGAAUUAUUCCAACUAGCUAAUUUUGCUCAAAUUUUGUAGCUAAAUAAACAUGAUAUGAGCAAGGCAGCUGCUUGUGUAUGAGGCAUUUUUAAAACCAGUUUCUCAAAGAUUCUGAUCUUUCAGGAAUUAAUGGAAAACUACAUACCUGUAAAUUAAAAACCAAUGAAAUAA